AUGGCGAGCCGCCUGCGGGUCUCCGAGAGCCUCGAGCGAGACGAGCAAAUGGAAGCAAAGCUGAGCACGAGCAUGAACAUAAAAAGUUUAGCUCACGUGUUGACAGACAUACAGAAGCUAAAACGGACAGAAGAAAUGAAGCGAUACAGCACAUUCGACAGAAGAAUUUCAUUUUUAAAAAGAAACAGCAAAAUCAAAAGAGCCAAUUACAAAUCUGGAAGAAAAAUUUUAGAAACAAGACUCUCAGCAGUCGACUGCGAAUUGGUAAAAAUUCCAGGAGAUGGCAACUGUCUCUUUCGAUCAAUUUCUUGCAAUUUAUUUAACCAGCAAAAAUAUCAUAUGUAUGUACGGAGGAAGUGUGUGGAGCACAUGCUGCAUUUCCAGGAGGAGUUUUCCAUUUAUUUUGAGGAGGGCACUUUUCACGAGUAUGCAAAAAAGAUGUCUCAGAAUGGCUACUGGGGGGAUGAGCUCUGCAUCAAGGCCACGGCAGAUGCCUUCGACUGCGUUAUUUAUAUUAUCACGUCCACUGAGGAUAACUGGCAUUUGAAAUAUGAGUCCAAGCAUCGAACGGAGGGGGAGCACAAGAAGUGCGUUUUUCUCGCCUACACCAGCCCCACGCACUACGACUCAUUUAGGCUCACUCGGUCGUGA